UACAUUUAACAACAUGGACACCACAGCAGUGCCAUUUAGAAAGAUUUCUAAAGAUUUUUGUUAUGCUUAUUAAUUGGUACUAUGAACCAACAGGAUGUCACAUGCUCUUGUACUUUGAAAGCUUCUGGCCCACAUUGGCCUCACCAGAUAAAACUCAAAAGCAGAGAACGGCAGAGUAGAAACACGCACAGACAGCUUCCACCAUUAACAUUACUUGGGUCAAACCUAUGACAAUGUCUGAGCCUGUUUAUGCCAAUAUAAUCCCUGAUGGAACACAGGAUAAGGACAGACGUAACAAGAGAAACCAAACACCUCAACACACAGGUACAAACACUCAUUCAGUAUUUUCUGUAGAAAUUAAGAAACAUUUAUCUUCGUAUCUGUCAUCUUCAGGAAGUGAUUCAGUGAAGAACAGUAGAUCCAGAGCAGCUGCAGUGUGUUUGGUGCUGCUGUGUGUUCUCCUGCUGACUGCAGUCAUAGUGCUGUGUGUCAACAUCCAUACAAACAACACAAACAACACUCAAAAGAGAGAUGAGCUACUAACCAAUAUUAACAGCCUCACAGAAGAGAGAGACCAGCUACUAACUAGCAUUACCAACCUCACAGAAGACAAAGAUGAGCUACAAACCAAGAUUAACGGCCUCACAGAAGACAGAGACCACCUAGUAACUAACAUUACCAACCUCACAGAAGAAAGAGAUGAGCUAAUAAUAAAGAACAUAUAUCUGCUGAAUGAGACACAGCAACUAAUAAAUCAACUUCAACUUCUUUGUAAAGAGGAUGAAUGGAUUUAUUAUCAAUCCAGUUUUUACUACAUGUCCAGUGAGAUGAAGAACUGGACUGAGAGCAGACAAGACUGUUUGAAGAGAAGAGCAGAUCUAAUCAUCAUAAACAACAGAGACGAACAAGAUUUUGUUAAGAACAUUUCUGAUAAGAGAGAAUUCUGGAUUGGUGUGACUGACAGUGAUGUGGAGGGCAGAUGGAAAUGGGUUGAUGGCAGCACACUGACCUCUGGGUUCUGGGCAUCUAGAGAGCCAAAUGGAGGAAAAGUAGAGAACUGUGCUGUGACUUAUUUAACAAAGUGGCCUGAUUUAUUAGGGUGGCUUGAUGUUAGAUGUAAUAAUGCUUAUCAAUGGAUCUGUGAGAAGAGUAUAUGGCCCUAGGAACAUAGGGUUGGGGGUAGGGUGGUGACCCAACUGUAACAUUACACAACUAAUUAAUAAUUAUCAUCUAUAGUACAAAUUAACUAAUGAUUAUCAUCUGUAGCAGGGCUGUACAUUCCUACUUUCCUGCUUCUUCUUUUAGUUUUUAGCUAAUGAUAAUAACUCUGUUCCAGUCCUGAUAAAACACACUUUAACCAUCAAAUCAAGGUCUUCAGGAUCACUAAGAUUCCAGGCAGGUGUGUCAGAGCUGAAGUCUUCAGGGCUGGACUCUCCUGAUCUAAAAGUAAUACCCGUUUAGGCAUUUAUACAGUACUGUACAAACACGUUACACUUGAUAAAAAAUUUAAGUAAUUGUUCACCUAAAAAUGAAAAUUUGGGCAUUAAUUACUCACCCAGGUGAUGUUCUGAAGCUUUAUCACACGACUCUCUGGAAUUCUGGAUUUUGAUUGGUCAGUCGUGACAUUCCAAGGUCUGAUAUUUUCUGAUAAUGACCGACUUCAACAGCAAGUCUAUAUAACAGAUUUGAAUGUGAAAUGUGCAUCUGCAAUGUGCAAAUGUCAUUUGUAGCCGCUUUUAUUAAAUACAUUUUAUUUCGUGAGUUCUGAGCUAAUAAAAUAUUUAAACUCAAAUCAAUAUUUUUCAUUUUGCCCUGAUCAACCUGUCUGGGUUUAUUUUGUGAUACUAAUUGUCUGGAUGUAUAUUAUGUCUUACUUAUGCCCUUCUUUUUUGGACCAGAAAAGAACAAAAAAAUAAAAAUAAAAUAAAUAAUAAUAAUAAUAAUAAUAAAUAAAUAAAAGUGGCAGGGUGUAACGGAAUAAUAUAUUCAUUCCAACUUGUUCCUUAAUAAAUAAAUAAGUGAGGCACUUGUAACGCAAGUUAAAUGGGCCAAUUUGCAAGUAUUAAAAUACUAACUGUAUCAGUAAAGCCACAAAAUGUAAACAAUAUGCUUGUUAACAUGAUUUCACUGUGGAAAAAAAUAAAUAAAAUGAUGUGUUGCCCCACACUGGUCAAUGUCAGUCCUAUAAAUCCAGUUAGUGUUUCAAGUGUUUCUUAAGAAUCAAAUACACAUUUGUAGAGGAUUUGAU